AUGAGAAGAGCUGCCCGGCGGGGAGGAAGCGCCACACCUCCCGACCUCUCCCCUGGCCCGCCCUCUGCGGCGGCGCGGCGGCAGACGCGCGCAGGAAGGGGCGGGGCUCCGAGGACGGCGUCCGUGCGCGAUCUCGCGAGAGCAGUAGACGACGGAAGUACAGUCUGCAGGAUGCGGUUCCUGGUUGCGUUGGUCCUGGUGGUGGUUGCCGCGGCGGAAGACAAUGAGCGCACUUCUCUUCCGUCACCUACUGAGAAGGCAAAGACUGCAGGAAAAGUCUCCAACAAGCCUUCCCCCAGCCUCCUGCCUCAGAAUGGUUCACAGGCUCCGAUACCGCACAUGGCUGUCAGCUCUGCUCCGUCAGACCCACCGCCACAGUCCACAGGAGACAACUCCAGCCGGUCAGAUGAUGACCACCCGUCCACAGAAAGUCCUAGCGAGUUGAAUAAGGAGCACCAGUCCAUGGAAAACAGUUCUAACAAGACAGACAAUGACCACCACUCCACAGAAAACAGUCCUGAAAAGUUGGAUAAGUCCACGGAAAAAAGGCCUGACAAGUCAGAUAAGGACCAACACUCCACGGAAAAAAAUCCUGACAAGUCAGUUAAGGACCAACACUCCACGGAAAAAAAUCCUGACAAGUCAGUUAAGGACCAACACUCCACGGGAAAAAGUCCUGACAAGACGGAUAAGGAGCACAUGCCCACGGAAGACAGUCCUGACAAGUCGGAUAAGGACCACUACUCCAUGGAAAAAAGUCCUGACAAGUCAGAUAAGGAGCACAUGCCCACGGAAGACAGUUCUGGCAAGUUGGAUUGGGAGCAGCAGUCCACAAAAGACAGCUCUGAACUUGAAGGGGGUUCUCCACCCAAAGAAGAGAAGGAAAUGCCAGGUCCUGCCUCUGGAGAGAACCUUGAAGGGACCCUUUGGGAUUCCAUAAACAGGAAGAAGGAUGACCUUUAUAAGGACAAUCUUGGAAGUGCGGAGAGCAGUCACUUCUUUGCAUAUCUGGUGACUGCAGCCAUUCUCGUUGCUGUUCUUUAUAUUGCCUAUCACAACAAGCGGAAGAUUAUUGCUUUUGCCCUGGAAGGAAAAAAAACCAAACCUACUCGGCGACCAAAGGCCAGUGAUUACCAGCUGUUGGACCAGAAGAUUUGA